GCCAUCUGAAUACUAAGCCAAAGCAGAAUGCUGGUGAAGUAGCAACUUAAGUGGCAGUGUUUAUUCUGAAAUCCUCAGGCUGCCAGACUGUCUUAGGCAAACCUUCAUAAAAUAGCCCUUAUCUAAGUUUUUGUCUAAGGAAUCCCAGGAAGACUGGAGAAUGGAGAGACAGCGAAGGUUCUUGUCUGAGAAGGAUGAGUAUCAGUUUCAACAUCAGGGAGCGGUGGAGCUGCUUGUCUUCAAUUUUUUGCUCAUCCUUACCAUUUUGACAAUCUGGUUAUUUAAAAAUCAUCGAUUUCGCCUCUUGCAUGAAACUGGAGGAGCGAUGGUGUACGGCCUCAUAAUGGGAUUAAUCUUGCGAUAUGCUACAGCGCCAACUGAUAUUGAAAAUGGGACUGUGUAUGAUUGUGGAAAACUGGCCUUCAGUCCAUCAACUCUGCUGAUUAAUAUCACUGACCAAGUUUAUGAAUAUAAAUACAAGAGAGAGAUAAGCCAGCACAACAUCAAUCCUCACCUAGGCAAUGCUAUACUUGAAAAGAUGACAUUUGAUCCAGAAAUCUUCUUCAAUGUUUUACUGCCACCAAUUAUAUUUCACGCAGGAUAUAGCCUGAAGAAGAGACACUUUUUUCAAAACUUAGGAUCUAUUUUAACAUACGCCUUCUUGGGAACUGCCAUCUCCUGUAUCGUCAUAGGGUUAAUUAUGUAUGGCUUUGUGAAGGCCAUGGUAUAUGCUGGCCAGUUGAAAAAUGGAGACUUUCAUUUCACUGACUGUUUAUUUUUUGGUUCCCUGAUGUCUGCUACAGAUCCAGUGACGGUGCUGGCCAUUUUCCAUGAACUGCACGUCGACCCCGACCUGUACACACUCUUGUUUGGGGAAAGUGUGUUGAAUGACGCAGUGGCCAUAGUACUCACAUAUUCUAUAUCCAUUUACAGUCCCAAGGAGAAUCCGAAUGCAUUUGAUGCUGCAGCAUUCUUCCAGUCGGUGGGGAAUUUCCUGGGGAUCUUCGCUGGCUCAUUUGCAAUGGGGUCUGCAUAUGCUGUGGUCACAGCACUGUUGACCAAAUUUACCAAACUGUGCGAGUUCCCCAUGCUGGAAACAGGCCUGUUCUUCCUCCUGUCUUGGAGUGCCUUCCUGUCCGCCGAGGCUGCCGGCCUAACAGGGAUAGUCGCUGUUCUCUUCUGUGGAGUCACACAGGCACAUUAUACCUACAACAAUCUGUCAUUGGAUUCCAAAAUGAGGACUAAACAGUUGUUUGAGUUCAUGAACUUCUUGGCUGAGAAUGUCAUCUUCUGUUACAUGGGCCUGGCGCUGUUCACGUUCCAGAAUCACAUCUUUAAUGCUUUGUUUAUACUCGGGGCCUUUCUGGCAAUUUUUGUUGCCAGGGCCUGCAACAUAUAUCCCCUCUCCUUCCUCCUGAAUCUGGGCCGAAAACACAAGAUCCCCUGGAACUUCCAGCACAUGAUGAUGUUUUCAGGUUUACGAGGAGCGAUAGCAUUUGCUUUAGCUAUUCGGGACACGGAGUCUCAGCCCAAACAAAUGAUGUUUAGCACCACGCUGCUCCUCGUCUUCUUCACAGUCUGGGUAUUUGGAGGAGGAACGACCCCCAUGCUGACUUGGCUUCAGAUCAGAGUUGGCAUGGAUCUGGAUGAAGAUCUGAAGGAGAGGCCCUCCUCACACCAGGAAGCAAAUAACUUGGAAAAAAGCACAACCAAAACAGAGAGUGCUUGGCUCUUCAGAAUGUGGUACGGCUUUGACCACAAAUAUCUGAAACCAAUUUUAACCCACUCUGGUCCGCCACUGACCACCACCUUACCUGAAUGGUGCGGUCCCAUCUCGAGGCUACUCACCAGCCCUCAGGCCUAUGGGGAACAGCUAAAAGAAGACGAUGCGGAGUGCAUUGUGAACCAGGACGAACUGGCCAUGAAUUACCAGGAGCAAGCCGCCUCCCCCUGCAGCCCUCCCACGAGGCUGGGGCUGGACCAGAAAGCUGCACCCCAGACUCCGGGCAAGGAGAACAUUUACGAAGGGGACCUCGGCUUAGGGGGCUAUGAACUCAAGCUUGAGCAAACUCCUGGGCAAUCCCAGCUGAAUUAGCGGGCGUGAGCGUGCAGAUGUAAUCACAGGAAUGCAAGGUUCACCCAGGGCUGUGGGCCGAGCUGGGGAGGGGUGUCAAGGAGAGGCUGGGAAAUGUAUUAAGAGUGGAAAUUGGAGAGAAUUGAAACCCUGUCCCAUGUAUCCUCUGGUGCCUGAAGAAAUGAGAAUUUAUUAUCCUCCUUCGAUAUUAUGCAACUGAAUUUAAGUUUUUGACAGCGGCCAUUUUUGUUAGUGAGUUGGGUGGGGUGGAGGGUGGGGGGCGCAGUCAGGAGGGGUCAGCGAGGAGAAAACAGAUGGGCUGUGUCUGCUGGGCCUUUCUUCUCUGUAGGCAGCUCUCCAGGCCCUUCUCCUAGAUUCUGGAUUUUAUUCCCUUCAUUAAGAAGAGUGUAAAAAUAAGAAAAAGAGUUUCUGAGCAUAAACAGGUGGCUUCUAAACUGAAGGGAAUUGCCCAGUUAUUUAGGGAGUGAUAAGUUGUAUAUUUUAGGACCUGGACUCCCACCUGCCCUGAAUGGCCCGAGGGCUAUCUGCGAGUCAGGGAACUGCUCGGGACCACUGUUGAUGGCCUCACAGAAACCGUGUGGCAUGGGGACCCCCUUUUCAAGCUGCCUGUCCUAUUGAAUGAAGGGUUGGUGACAGCUGGGUGUACCCUGCACUCGAUCAGUCCUGCUCUCCAACCUUGGUUAAGACCCUCCCAGGCAAAGCUGGUGUCUUUUCCCCAUACCGUGUUCUACCUGAAGAAAGAGCCUUCCUGUCCUUGCUUCCAUUUGAGUCCCUUCUUGGCUCUGCGGUGGGUCCCCCUGUGAGUUGGGCAAUGAGAUUCUGCAGCACAGGUUGCAGGGUCCAUGGGGCAGGAGACUGCGCAGGAGCCCAGACCUAUCCGAUUCCAACGCUCUCAGCUGAUGAGCGGGACCGGAGUGAGAGGAGCAGGGCUGACGAUGCAUGGACCACACUGAGGAGUCCAGGACGCAGCAUCAGGACUCCCCUUACAAGGGGUGGCUCCUGGCCCGCACUGGAGAGACCGACACAAUAGCUCUUAAUUCAGCUGCAUGACCUGUGCCUUUUAAGCCAUAAAGAUACCUCAAGCCUAGCUUCUCUUGAAAUACAGACAUUAACAUUAGACUCCAAAAAGCAGUCUCCAGUUUGGUGCCCAGGCUAUGAUGGGUCUGCUUCUGAGGGAGGAAGGGAGUGACAUCUUCCCCGGGCCCAAAGCUUGGAAGUAACGUACGCUUCGCUGACCAGUGUUAGACCUUAAACAUUAGCCACGGUGGUGUCAGGCACACUGCUAUGCACAUCGGUGUUCUUGCUUUCAGAACAGUAGAAUCCAGAGGCACAAAUUGUUUUAUACUCAGCUAAGUAUCAUCUGGUCAUCCCAGGGAAAUAGGACAAAUGGUGAAGCAUGAAGUUUUCUAAUUUGACUUAAUCCUAAUAAAAUUUUGUUAUAAAGUA